AUGGCUGAGGUUCAGGCUCGUUCUCAGGCCCCGUCCUCUCGCGGCAGAGGCGGUGGCCGGGGGGGUAGAGCCGGGUUUGGUGGCCGCGGUGCUGCGAACAGACGAACUAACGGCGACAAGCCCUCAGCCGCAGACUCACCCUCCCUCGACGACGACGACGACGGCGAUGUAAGCCAGCUAAAAAAACAGUACGGCGCUAAACUGGACACUAUCAAGGAACUUUUCCCGGCUUGGUCCAACGCCGACAUCCUCUAUGCCCUGCAGGAAACCGAUGGUGACGUUGCGGUUACCGCCACGCGGAUUGCUGAAGGUACCAUCUCGCAAUGGGGUGAAGUGCCAAAGCAGAAGAGGACCACCGCUCGCCCCAAGCCCAAGGAACCGUCCGCACCAGCUCUUGAUACAAUUGGCAGCGGUAGGCCUGCCCGCGGCGGUCGCUCCGAUGGCCUGCGAGGCGCGCGUGCUCGUGGGACCGAGAGAGGCCGCGGAGGUGGCAGGGGACGGGCAGCGAUCCACUCUUCUACUAAUGGUCACCGGUCCAAGGAUAACCAACCGCUCUCGGUCCCCACCGAGGAGUCGUCAGGCUGGGGAAAUGCCAUCUCGAGUGAUGAGCAGCCGACGGCGGCGGAUUCCCACGUUGAUACAACCGCGGAGACCACGACGACCUCUACCCCUGCUGCGACCGCCGCGACCGCCAUAACUACCACGACUGCCACAACUGCUGCGAGUACUGACGCUGCGCCUGUUAAAUCCCAUGUCAUCCCCCAGGGCACGCAGAAAACUUGGGCCAGCAUGCUACGACAAUCCACCGCGCCGAAGCCUGCACCGAAACCCAAGGAUGUCCCUGCUCCCAAACCCGCCGAAGUUCUCGAGCCCCUCCCGCCCGCUGAGCCUGCUCCAGAGCCCGAACCGGAACCCGUAGUCGAGGAAGCGCCCAAAGAAGUCGUCGAACCACCCGCCCCCGUUGAACCGCCCCAGGUAGCUGAACCCGAAGUCACGCUGCCCCCUCCCGAAGACGACCUGACGCGAGUAAACCUGGAACAACUGCCCGACGAAUCGAAGCCACCCGCCACGGUUACUGCUGCCAGCACAGCUGCAGAUUCGUGGGAUCCUCGGCAGCCUCAGCCAAGCGCGACCGCCACCCCGCUCUCAGCCUCGCAGGCUCAACGCCAAUCAGCACGACCAACUCCUACUAGUGGUUUCGCGACGACCGCGCUCAAGGCGACCGAACGUCCUGUUACCCGCGUGCCAAGCCACCAGAGACGUAUUCUCGAACAGGAGGAGCCGGUCCGUAUGCCUGGUAAUCGAGAAGUCGACCGUACGGCUGUACAAUUUGGCGCGUUUAACCUGAACGGGGUCGAGGACGAUAUCGACGGCGACCGUGAAGAUCCUGAGACCAGGACUCAACCACCACCUGAGUCCCCCGUGGCCGUCCCCCGCGCUUCGUUACCCCCGGUGUCUCAACCCGCCGCCGUUCCCGACACCUUCUCGACAGCACCAAAACCCGCCGCUACGUUACCGUCGGCACCCGCUGCAGCUGCGACAGUUGUAGCUCCACCCACCGGUCCUGCGGCUACCACGGCUCAGCCCCCUCAAGCACCCUCAAGCAACCCACAGUUUGGGCGGUACGGUCAGACGAACGCGCAGGAGCCAGCUGGUUUCUCUCAAAAGCCGUACGAUACCUUCGGCCAGCAGACUGCCACUACCACGGUCGGUCUAGACAGCUUCUCCGCUCCCACCACACAAGCACCGGGACCUCAAGCCAGCGGCACCUUCAGCUCGGCGCCCGAAUACCAAUCGUACUAUAACACUGCCGACCCGCAGAGCCGAACUUCGUAUGGGAGCUACUACGGCCAGCAGUACGGACAGCAUGGCGGCCAGAGUCACCAUGAGCCCUCGAACCCCCCGAACCGCGGGUUUAGUGGCUACAAUGCUAAUCAGACUGACAACCUCAGUCAGUAUCCGCAGAGUGGCGCCCAGCCAACCCGGUACGGGGCUGCCGCAUCUGCCGAUUCUCACAACAGCGGACACAAUACUCCGAAUCCGAUCGGCCAGGGAGGCCAGCAGACCUCCGGCCAAACCAACCAACCUCAGUCCAAUCUGCAUCAACCGCACGCCAACCAAUACCCCUACCAGCACCCGUAUUACUCUAGCCCGUACUACGCUCAGUACGUGAGCCAGUACGGCGGCGGUUACGGACAGGGUGGCUACGCCGGGGCCCCGUAUGCGAAGGGUGGGCUUUACGGACAGCCUCACCAAUACGGGAUGUCGCCCCAGGGCCCAUACGACCACGGGUCGUCUCCCGCAACCAGCGGGUUUGGCCAGUCUACCCUCGCGGGACGUGACAGCGGCUUGAACUCCAGCAUCGACAAUUACGGCCGUGCAGGCUCAACGCAGUCCGGAGCUCCCAGCGGCCUCGGCGCUAGCGGAUUCGGAGGCGUGCAUGACACGUUUGGGCGCGGCUCCGGUUACCCAUCUCAGGCCGGUCAAUCCUUCAACGCCCCGAACGCCCCUACGUCUAACGCCGGCUCGGGGAACGACGACCUAAAGCCGUACGGCGACGCUAAAGCCGCCGCCGGCCCUAGCCCUUCUCUCGGCGCGGCAGCACGGCCAGGAUCGGCGACUAACACAGCUCCUGCUGGAUCUGGUCUUCCGCCUUCUCAGUCGGCCCAAGGCAUGGGCGCGUAUGCCGCGUAUCCCAGCCACUUGACCCACGGCCUUCACGGUAACCAGUCUGGAGGUAGCGGCUACGGUGUUGGCGGUACAGCCGGACAAGGUCACGGCAAUACCCCGUAUGGCGGUUACGGGGGUAACCAAGGCUUCGGGAAUUACUAUGGUGGCCGACAACAGCAAGGUGGUUGGGGCGGCAACUACCAUUAA